UGUAAACAAAUUUGUGCACACAAUUUGAGCGAAAUAAGCUUUUUGUGCAUAUGUAAAAUGUCUAGGCUCUUUUAUUUCAGCUCGUGAGACCAACACUUUACAUGUUGCAUUUAUAUUUUUUUUCGGUAUAGUUUUUAAAUUAAUUUCGGAGUUCUAGUAAACGUUUAUAUUGUGAGAACGCCAGUGGGCGCAGUUUUUUUUCGAAAGCUACAUUUGGCCUAUUCGACAACAUUCGUCCAUAGCUGUCGUUGGUUUGUCUGUCAGUGUGAUUCUACGUCUGUGAGAAUGGAAGAGGAACCAGACACAGGCGCAUCUUCUCGGGAUGAGAGAAAAGCUAAAGAGAAGGCUGAAAUACUGCAAAGGGAAAUCCAGCGGAAGAGUUUCAAACUGGUAGCUAAGAUCCUGAAGAAGCAGGAGAGUGAGCGGACACAGGAGGAGUCUGCAGAUCUACUUCUGCACCAGGACACGGUACAGGAGCUGUGUUCGCGGCAGGUCCGCAGGAACCUUCUAAAGCGGAAGCAAGAAGAGGUAUUUGAUGAUACAGAGGACCUGAAGUGUAAAGUGGGACAGUUGGCUGAGGCAGUCAGACAGGCUCAACACCUGGUUAUCUACACUGGAGCCGGGAUCAGCACGGCAGCGUCCAUCCCAGACUACAGGGGCCCAAAUGGGGUUUGGACACAGCUACAGAAGGGCAGAGCUGUCAGCUCGUCAGACCUGAGUGAAGCAGAACCUACUCUUACACACAUGUGUAUCAGGAUGCUGCAUGAGGAGAACAUGGUGCAGCACGUAGUGUCUCAGAACUGUGAUGGGCUCCACCUGCGUAGCGGUCUUCCCAGACACACCCUCUCUGAGCUGCACGGCAACAUGUUCAUCGAGGUGUGUACUUCCUGUUCCCCGGUGAGGGAGUUUGUGCGACUCUUUGACGUGACGGAGCGCACGGCGAGGCACAGGCACGGGACGGGGCGGCAGUGCGCCCACUGUGGGGGCGAGCUCAGGGACACCAUCGUACAUUUCGGAGAGAGGGGCACCCUGGAGCAGCCUCUCAACUGGAGGGGGGCAUCGAACGCUGCUGAGAGGGCUGACGUUAUCCUCUGUCUGGGCUCCAGUCUGAAGGUGCUGAAGAAGUAUGCCUGUCUAUGGAGCAUGAAUAGACCUGCUAUCAGGAGACCCAAACUCUAUAUCAUCAAUCUACAGUGGACACCUAAAGACGACCUGGCCACGCUGAAGAUCCAUGGGAAAUGUGACGACGUGAUGCGUCUCCUUAUGGAGGAGCUGAACAUUCAGAUCCCUGCCUACAACCAGACAGAGGACCCUGUACUCAGCUUGGCCACGCCGCUGAGACCAGAAGAGGAGGACAGUUACACUCGUAAACUCAUAGCUCCGCCCGCUGGCGGGAAGGACUGUUCACCAGACUCCCCGGGACAGGGUGGAGGAACAGCAGUACAAGGAGGCUGGUUCGGACGAGGAUACUCCAAAGGGAGGAAGAGGAGGAGGAAGAAGGUGGCGUAGCAGAACGUUAAUCAUAGUAGAAAUUUGACACACGAUUCUCCAUCUCCUUUUUGUUCUGAUUGGUUGUUUUUGAAAUGGACCUUGAUAGUAAGGAAGACGUACCAGCAAAAAGAAGUGAGGGGGGAAAAGCUCACUAAGACGGAGCUAUUUGUGAUGCAGAGUAUUAUGAUGGUUUCAGAUACUACCUCUAAGGCUGAGGGAGCAUCCUAAUAAUCUCCUUUCUGGUCGUCCCUAGUUACCACAGCCACAAAGUCAUAAACCCUGCCUCUUUCCACAAUUUAAAAUGUGAUUUUUACCCCUAACCACACUGCUAACCUUAUGCCUAACCUUAAAUUAAGACCAAAAAGCCCCCCCCAAAUAAAUAAAUAUAUAUCUAUAUAUGAUAUAGCCAAUUUUGACUUUGUGGUUGUGCUAUCUAGUGGAAACCCUUUCUCCGGAAGUGUGCACUUGUUCACUUCCUGUCAUGGAUUUAAAAGAAAAUGACUGGUAUAUGGAAACUCCCUCUGCUCCAUGCUACACUAAUCCAAUGCUUUUAAGUUUGUGGGGAGUAGUGAACACUUCAGGAGGAGAGAUUAUUGGGCUGUAACCUAAGAGUCUGUUUCAACUGAAUGGUGCUUUUAUGGAGUUUCAUAGGAGUGGUGUUUUGUGUUUGUUACAUGCACAGCACCUUACUAACUUUCCUCAGGUUUUCCGUCGUCGAUGCCACCCUAUUACAGUACAGCACAUUCAUGGCAUUAGUAUCUAAUGACAUGCAUUCAUUUUUAUUUAAAAAAAAGCAUAAACCAGGUUUCCAUUCAACCGUUUUAUACGGUAUUACAUAUCAAAAUAUGCUUGACAAGGUGGGAUCUUUUCAUGUCUGUAAAAUGUAUUAUGCAGGAAAUGUCGGUGUAAACGUAUUUAUGAACAAAUAUUGAUAUAAUAGCCGUCAUAUUAAAGUGAACUUAGUGAGAAGACCACUCCUGUAAUCGUGUGACUAAGACUUGUUAGGAAAUCAUGCCGUUUAUUAGGCUACAGAUGAAAUAAAUUGUGAUGAACUUCACAGGGUGGUGAAAGUGCACGGUGAUGAGCUUCACAGGGGGGGAAAGUGCACGGUGAUGAGCUUGAUGCUCCCUUCAAUAAAUAUCCAGGGUCUAAUUUUGGUGACAUGAUGCUUGGCUGCCAUUUGACAUAAUAAUCUCAUAUAGACUAUACCAGCACUGUAUCUGAGAGCUGUUGGCUAGAGCACACAUUCCAAUACCAGAGUGGGCACAUAUGCGAUGGAAACCCAUUUAACUUGUAUUUUUUAUUUGGUACAUGGGAAUUGAACCGGUAAAAGGUAUUUUUCGGUGCGCUAGAUUGCAGGAAAUGACAGUUACCGGUGUUCAAAAACACUCCACAGCACCACCUUGUUAAAUCCUGGGGAGAACCCUGCAUCAAGUUUACAUAAUGUUGUUUACUAAAUGUUACUGUAACUUCUGUUGUUCCUGCCUUGUGUUUAAUAGAAAGACACUCAGGUGGAGGUUUCUCAUAGGUACAGGUCUGGGAUCAGCCUCCCCGCCACAAUCAUAACCUUAACAGUUUGUGGGAGGAAUGACCCAGGAUCAGCGUUUAGGAGCAACUUCUCCAUACACCUAGAAAGGCAAGGAUGAGCACUGAGUGAUCAUGAUUACUACCAUCAUUGCAAUGCUGCAGUUUUACAAUGUGAAGCCUUGUGGCAAGUCUCUACUUUGCAAUAUGUAUAACCCUUUUGUUUCAGAGUUACUGUGAAGUUAGUCCAAAGGCCAGCAGAUGGCGAUAUUCAGUAGUUUCAUCUUGCCGUCCAAAGGAAAUGUAUGCAGCCGUGUCCCCCGUGGACGGGUUCGUACAUUAAACAUUCUCCGUUCAAGCUGCAAAGGUGUCAGUUUCCUCCUUAACUGGAUUUAAUGGCGAGAAGGAGGGAAAACAUUUCGAAAAUAUGCAUACUUUAUUUCUGAAACACAAUUUUACUCCACCAUCAUAGAGUAGUUAAUGCUAGUCCUUGAUGUUGCGUAUUGCGUUUAGCCAAUCAUGUUGCAGCAGUCUGUUAUUUUUUAAUUGUAUUGGCUGAUUGCAUCCAACUGAGGUGCAUACACCACAACCUACUGUACUCCCUUGACACAUUGAUACAAAAAGAGAGACUUAAGAUGGUGGUGGUGGGGGGGGGGGGGGAUUGCACUAGCAGCUAGCCCUACACCCAUUAAAACAUCACUAAUAUACCAACUAACCCUACACCCAUUAACCUCACCACUAUACCAACUAACCCUACACCCAUUAAAAUCUCACCACUAUACCAACUAACCCUACACCCAUUAAAAUCUCACCACUAUACCAACUAACCCUACACCCAUUAAAACCUCACCACUAUACCAACUAACCCUACACCCAUUAAAACCUCACCACUAUACCAACUAAGCCUACACCCAUUAAAACAUAACCACUAUACCAACUAACCCUACACCCAUGAAAACCUCACCACUAUACCAACUAACCCUACACCCAUUAAACCUCACCACUAUACCAACUAACCCUACACCCAUUAAAACCUCAGCACUAUACCAACUAACCCUACACCCAUUAAAACCUCAGCACUAUACCAACUAACCCUACACCCAUUAAAACCUCACCACUAUACCAACUAACCCUACACCCAUUAAACCCUCACCACUAUACCAACUAACCCUACACCCAUUAAACCCUCACCACUAUACCAACUAACCCUACACCCAUUAAAACCUCACCACUAUACCAACUAACCCUACACCCAUUAAAACCUCACCACUAUACCAACUAACCCUACACCCUUUAAAACCUCAGCACUAUACCAACUAACCCUACACCCAUUAAAACCUCAGCACUAUACCAACUAACCCUACACCCAUUAAAACCUCAGCACUAUACCAACUAACCCUACACCCAUUAAAACCUCACCACUGUUCCACUACAGCACCAGUCUGUUGGUUUCCCCCUAGUCUGAUAGUUUUCAAAAUAAAACAUCUGAUUGACUGAACGUGAUACACAGCAUCCGGGACUAGCAUUGGCUAUUCCAGCAUGUUGGUGGAAAAUAGUGUUUCAGAAAGUACAGUUUCCCUGUGGUGGUUUUCUUCUAGGCAAACUCCACCCAACUCAUUUCAAUGUUUGGAAUCACAAGUUGGUGAUAUUAGUUAAACUUCCCCUUUUAUAUGGAGGAAAUCUACAACUUUGCAGCCUGAAUGAAGAAUGUUUUAUGUACGAACCGGUCCAUGGGGAUAUGACUGUAUAGCGGGGAUAAGCAUUUCACUGUAAAGUAUACACCUGUUGUAUUGGCGUAUGUGCCCAAUAACAGUUAAUAUGAUAUGAGUGUAUAUCCGGCUGCAUGCAUUCCCUUUGGAUGAUAAGAUGAAACGACUCAAUAUCGCCAUUUGCCGGCCUUUGGGCAACUGUGAAGUAUACAUUGUCCACCCCUUGACUGUUUAUGUAAUGUUACGAUAAUUUAAAAAAAGUACCGUUGAAUCUA